AUGUCGAGAAGAAGAAGUAAUCGUGUUAAAAAUACUAAAUCCGUCACUGUUCCUGCACCUGUUACUAUCAUUCAUGAUUGUGAGGAAGAUGAAUUUUCAAACCACAGGUCGUGUUGGAAGCAUAUUGCUGCUUUGAAUACGCGUGGCACGAAACGAAAACCAACCGAGAAGGAGUUUGAGCUUUUCAAAUCGAAUGCCCCUUGUUUCUAUGAGGAAUGCACACGCCGUCAAAGGUCAUUAAGAAGAAUCAAGUGCAAGUAUUUAGUCUCUAAGCUAAGCAAAAAACUGAAAUCCAACACGUUUGUGGAUUACCUAGAGGAUAUAUGGAAGGGCUUCUCCGAUGAGAAAAAGAACUCUUUUGUGUACGUAGAUUGUCUAUGGUUCAGUAUGUACAAAAGCGAAAACCAAAGAAUUAGAAGCAGUGUUUUCGAAUCCAUUAAGACAAAGCAGAUCUUCUCAAAGAAAUAUGUGUUUCUUCCUAUCGUCUACUGGAGCCACUGGACUUUGUUGAUCUUUUGCAAUUUUGGGGAGGAUCUUGAUUCAGAUACUGGGAACACAUGCAUGUUGUUUCUUGAUUCGUUAAAAGCAACCAACUCUUCACAGCUGCUUGAACCGGAUAUAAGAAAGUUUGUGUUGGACAUAUAUAGAAUCGAGGGAAGAACUGAAGACCAAAGCUUGGUUGAUGAUAUUGAGCUCUUUGUGCCAGAUGUUCCACAGCAGACGAAUGAUGUGGAAUGUGGAAGCUUUGUUCUCUACUACAUUCAGCGGUUCAUAGAAGAUGCCCCUGAGAACUUCAGCAUCGAUGAUUACCCAUAUUUCAUGAAAGAAGACUGGUUUAGCCAUAAAGACUUGGAAGAGUUCUGCAACAAGCUUGAUUCUUUGGGAACCAUUCACUGA